CACCCCAACUUCACUAGCCACACCCCCCCCCCCCCCCGUUCCCCCGCAGGCCUGUACUACGUGGACAGCGAGGGCCAGCGCGUGCCGGGCGCCGCCUUCGCCGUGGGCUCGGGCUCGUCCUACGCCUACGGCGUGCUGGACCGGGGGCUCGCUAGCCCCCGCCACGAGCCCGCUAGCCCGUGGGCCAGCGAGGAGGCGGCGUGCGAGCUGGCCCGGCGGGCCAUCUACCAGGCGGCGCGGCGCGACGCCUACUCGGGGGGCACGGUGCGCGUCUUCCACGCCGGCCCCCGCGGCUGGCGCCUGGUGGCCCAGCACGACGUGGGCGAGCUGCAGCGGCGCUACGGCGAGUGAGAGCCGGGGCG